GAGUCGGCGGUAGGGGGAGGGGAGGCGGCGCUGAGCGACUGUGGAUGCGGAUUGUGAGGGGGGGUCACGCUGAGGGAUCUGAGCCCCAGGCACGGGAGAGAGGGGGGCUGCUGGCCAGACACCCUGCACAUUCACACAGCGGAUAUACACAUCAGUUGGGCUCUAGGAUACACUUGUGGUCUGUGACACACUCAGGAAACACCGCGGCUUCAUUUGCGGCCUAGCUAGUUAUUGGUCUGUGUGACACACUGGCCGGUUCUGUCACUGUGGGAGUGAGAAGGGGGCAGCGCAGAGGCCGGUCUCAAGUGGACUGUGGGAGAGGAGAUUCUUGGGACUUUACAGCCACUGGCAAAUAUAAAGGUUUCCUCAUGUCCAUGAAGUGUGUGUCGAGGUUUUGCGGCUCUCCGCCCUCGGUGUGGUCAGUCGCUGCGAUUCCUACCCCGUGAUUCCCUCCGACCGCAGUGCCGGACGUCAUGAGCAUUGCAAUCCCUCUGGGAGUCACCACACCAGAUACAUCUUACUCAGACAUGGCUGCCGGAUCAGACCCAGAAUCAGUGGAAGCUAGCCCAGCUGUCAGUGGGAAGACAGCUUAUGCAACACUGAGUCACGCAGGUGCCCAGAGCAGCCACAGUUACCGUGGUCUUCCAUAUGCAGACCACAAUUAUGGAGCCCCUCCACCACCCACACCGCCUGCAUCCCCACCUGUCAAGGCCAUUAUCACCCGGGCUGAGUUCAAUGGCAUUCACUCGCAGGACGAGGAGGAGAACUCAGGGGAUAGCGAUAGCUCUUCCGAAACAGAGGGGAUUCCAAGCUGGUGCCACUGUAGUCUCUCACAAGACGGGUUUCUUAUCAAAUGUGAGAAGUGCAGGAAUGGUAAUAGAGGGAAGGUGAUUCAACUUAAUCGUAGGAAGCAGGACAAUGUCUCAGGUAAGCUAAAAGGGGGGGAAAGCAGUGCUACUGAGAGCUGGGAUGAAGAAAUCUCCCCACCCACAGUACUUUACACGGCAACACAGCACACCCCAACCAGCAUUACACUCACAGUUAACAGGGUCCGACAGAGCAAACCAAAAAAGAGGAAGAAAAGUACGGAAAAGGCUCGCACUGCUCCAAAGGCCAAGAAAAUAAAGGCAUUUCGGGAAGGAUCCCGCAAAUCCUUGAGAAUGAAGAAUUCAACUUCAGAUGUUAAUAGCUUAGAUGAGAAUACAGCAGAGGGCUGGGAGAAUCGCAUCCGACUUUGGACCGACCAGUACGAAGAGGCCUUUACCAACCAGUACAGUGCAGAUGUUCAGAGCUUGCUUGAGAGACAAGUUCGGUCUAUCAAAGAAUUAAUAGGCAAAGGAGGACACCCAGAAGCUAUUAAGAAGACCGAUCUGGCCUGUAACAACACAGUUGUUGGCUCUCAGAUGCAGUUGCAGCUUGGAAGAGUCACUCGUGUGCAGAAACAUCGCAAGAUCUUGCGGGCAUCGAGGGACCUAGCUGCAAACUCUCUUGUAAUAGAAUACCGUGGGAAAGUCAUGCUGAGGCAACAAUUUGAGGUCAAUGGGCACUUCUUCAAAAAACCAUACCCAUUUGUGCUGUUCUACUCCAAAUUCAACGGUUUAGAGAUGUGUGUGGAUGCAAGGACUUUUGGCAAUGAUGCACGGUUUAUAAGACGGUCGUGUACUCCCAAUGCAGAGGUUCGACACAUGAUUUCUGAAGGAAUGGUCCAUCUUUGUAUAUAUUCCAUUGCUGCUAUUGCGAAGGAUGCUGAGGUCACUAUUGCCUUUGAUUUUGAUUACAGUAACUGUAAUUAUAAAGUGGAUUGUGCUUGUCACAAAGGGAAUCGAAAUUGUCCUGUGCAGAAGCGGAAUCCUAAUUCUACCGAGUUGCCCCCACCAGCUCCUCCUGUGUUGUCAGUUGGACCAGAGACCAGGCGCAGGAAAGCUAGAAAAAAAGAGCUAGAACAACAAGGUUAUGUCUUGGAAGAAAACACCAACCAUCAAACAGUGGAGCUGCCAGAUGCGAAAACUGCAGAUAUAGUCACCAGUGAUCAUGAGGCAAAGGAAGAAAGCAAAGUGGACACAGUUGUACCCACGGUUGAAAACUCUGAGAAGAGAAAAAAACGCAAAGAUCAACCAUUAGAACAAGCUGUGGUCGUUCCUGAGGUUCCUUCCAGUGUAGAAGACAUCAAGCCAACAGAGGAGACAACACAAGCUCCUGCAGCCGAAGAGCCCGAUGUUGGCAGCUCUGUAGUAUCAGAGCCUACUGCAAGUCCAAGCCUGGGUGUGAACACAAGGAGGUCAUCAGUAGCACUGGAAGCUGCUCCUGAGAAACCAGCUCCCAAGCCGAUUACACCAAAAUCCUCCAGACCACGACCCAAAAGUCGCAUGUCCAGAUACCGGAGUGCUUCAGCCCAGAGAUUACGGAGGCAACGGCAAGCAAUUGCACAGCAGGCAGAUUCUGUGCAAGCUGGUUCAGAAGAAGGGGUGGCAAGCUCUACAGCAGUGACUGCAGAACCUGGAACUGCUGAAGGACUAGCUGCGUGCAGCAUCCCACUGGGGACAGAUUCACCUGCAGUUCCUCAGGCAGUAGCUCCACCAACUCGAGCCAACCAUAAAUACCACAAAACUAAAAAGUAUCUGGUUACAGAAUGGUUAAAUGACAAGGUGGAAAAGCAAGAGUGCCCCAUUGAUCACCCUUUACGGAUUACCACAGACCCAACUGUUUUGGCAACCACCCUUAACAUGCUCCCAGGACUUACCCAUUCCCCUUUAAUAUGUACUGCACCUAAACACUACAUUCGCUUUGUUUCUCCUUUUAUGCCUGAUCGACGGAAGAGGCCUCCAAAAAUUGAUGGGACCUAUGGAUCCUGUAAAAAGCGCUGGAUAAAGCAAGCCUUAGAGGAAGGUAUGUCACAGCCUAACAGUGCACCAGAGGAGAUGUCGCAACCUCUAUACCAAAGCAAUGAGAACAGCACCUCUUCCAGUAAUUUAAACAAUUCAGGCAUGUGUGCCCAUUUUAAAAAAUGGAAGUCGAAAUACAUCAUGGAAGACAGUCCCUGCACCUUAACAAGUCCCCUUUCAUUUGUCACACCACCUCCACUCCCCAACUCCUUGACCACAGACUCAUUAAGCCCCCUGCAGACCACCCCCAGCUCUUCCUUACCUGGAGAAGAGGAAUCCCGCUAUGGAUAUGGACUCAUGUUCUCACCAAUCCCUUCACUCGCUGCUAGUCGCUGUAAUACUCCACUACAGUUUGAGAACAUAUCCUCCCCAGAGAGUUCCCCAGCGCAUAGGCCUGAGUCCCUGUCACCCGAGCCUUGUCUACGGCCGGAUCUGGAUGCUCCAAAGGCUAGUUUCUUGGAUUCUACCAUUGAGAGUUGUUCAAUGCACCAAACAAUCCCCAGUACCUGUAUUGUUGAAGCAGCUGCUCAGUCUCCAAGUACCUCUGUACCAUUUGGUGGCACAUCAGAAAGCAGCUUGUUGGGGAAAAGUGGGGAAGGCUCUUCGCUGCUACGGACAUCUGAACAGACUUUCCGGACAGAGUUCAAUUUAAUGUAUGCCUUUUCUCCUUUGAACGCUAUGCCGAGAGCUGAUGGCUCAUUACGGGGGUCCCCUCUUGUUGGGGAAAGAAAGCCUUCACAGUCAGAUGGAGUAUGUUGUGGUUCUCCAGUGGAAGCUUAUUUUGGCAGGGGGGGUGCUGGACUUUUAAAAGAGGCAACACAAGAAUCUAUGUCUCCCUGCAGUGAAAGAACGUUUGAAGGAGUGAAAUCUUCUCCCCAGAACCCACCACAGAGGAAAAAGGUAUCUCUCUUAGAGUAUCGUAAGAGAAAGCAGGAGGCUAAGGAGGUUACGUCUUCUCCAGGCGUAGAUAUUAUACGGUGUACAGGUACCCCCACUCGUCAGAGCAGUAAUGGAUCCAUGUCAGAUACGGACCUGUCUACUAUGCUGCAACUGCAGGCACCAUCUUCUCCAAAUAGUGGUUUCUCUUCCCCUGUCCACUCAUCUAUGCCACAGAUUGAAGAUAUAAGUCCUCCAGGCGCAGGUUCCAGCUCACAGUGCAAAACAUCAGAAAACAUCAGCAGUCGGUGGAUGGUCCCAACAUCAGUGGAGCGGCUGAGGGAAGGACAGGGUAUAUUAGAGCGAGUCCUGCGUAGUGGAGUGAAAGUAUCGCACAGAGGAGAGCGUUCACCACUGAGGGAAUGCAGUGUGGAUAGAGACACAGAGGAUGCAGACCUGGAGUUGACUGGUAUGGCUGGCACCAAAGGACCAACUGUUUACAGCCCUUCACGAUAUAACUACCAGUUCCUGCAAUGCGACAGUCCACAGACAGAAACUCUUGGUCUACUGUCUCAAAGUUCAUCCCCCUUCCGUGGACAUGCUGCUCAGUCCAUUGGGUACAGUUAUCGGACACCAACACAAAGAGCAGGACAUACAUUGCCCGAGUCCUCUGUAAUUUCCAACUCUCUUCCUAGCCCUGCCCAUUCUACCACGGACCCCUCAACAUCCCAUUGUUUGGGAAGCUCUGGUUAUUACAGCAGCCAGCAGCUUUAUGGGAGCAGUGCUGGCUCACACCAGCAGAGGAAGAGCUUGCACCACAGAGGCCACAGCUGCGAAGCAAGUCCAGCCCAACUGCUCAGGACAGACUCUGUACCCUCAGACUCACAACCCAGUACUGGGCCUGGUAGCAGCUCCUCCACCUCACAAGGGGCAAGGUCAGACUCACAAACUUUAACCUUGUCCAUCUCUGGGCACCAAGGCUCAAGGGUAUCCACGGUGUCCAGCCCCCAACAUUACCCACAACGUGGGAGUGGAGUACACCAAUACAGACUGCAGCCUCAUCAAGGGUCAGGAGUUAAGACUCAGACUGGGCUUUCCUAGGACUGCCAAGAUGGGGAGAACAGGAUAGCACUAAAGCCCAUCUAUCAUUCCUUCACCCUCCCUGAGAUGGGAAGCUCUCUUUGUAGUUCAAUCCUGCACCUGCGGGGCCGGGUUUGCAUGAGCCCCAGAACUGAAGCAGGUGGAAUCUAAACUGGCUGGCUCACCAGCCCCACAUCCACACAAACAUCGCUAGAAAGCUGACACUUUGAAAAUCUGUAGUCACAGGAAUGAUGCAAAAGUUGUUUGGCAUCCUGCAAGUAAUAUUAUUUCCUCUCUAUCACCAGAAACCUCUUAUAGUAACUUGUGCAGUAAGGACAUUUUUAUAUAAUAAAUAAAUAAAAAAAAUGGUUCUGAUUUAAAAACAGCGGGAGAAGGGGAUUAAAGAAGCACCUAUGUUUGUAGCAUCGGGUUAUAACUUUUUUUGUUUUUAGAUUAUUAUUUUUUUUAUUAUUUUUUUUAAACAGGGUAAUCGGGUGGGGAAUUUAGUCAGGGUUGGGAUCAUAUUCUAUAACCAAUCAUUCCAAAGGCACAGAUUUGUCUACCAAUUACUCUUGUACGCCAGUACUGCCUGUCCAGAUGAUCACACCUAUUACUGUUGUAAGAUAAUCUGACACGAGACUGCUAUUUUGUUUAGAUUUUAUUUUUUUAUUCUUUAAAUUAAGUGGUGUAAAAUGCAGACAUGGCAGUGCAUUGCUCGGCAUUAUAGUUUGUAUAUUUUGCACGAUCAGAGGCUUAAAAAGCAUAUACAUUGUUUCAGACUCAGCAUUUUUACCAAGAAUGAAUGCAGCAACACCUGUUUGAAAGGAUUAAAGCCCUCUGACAGGUUUUCUCUGUACUGUUAAGAUCCAUUGGCUUCCAGCUUUAAACUAGCCAUUCCAGAAAUAUUACUGUCACUUUGGGUGUAAAGGCCUUCACUCCUUAAUAUGGGUCGGUAGAGCUUUUUUUUGUUGAAGGCAUUUUCCAGGACUAAAGCAGUUGAUUUAAAGGGACAGUCAACCAUAGAAUUGUUAUUGUUUUAAAAGAUAAUCCCUUUAUUACCCAUUCCCCAGUUUUGCAUAUCCAACACAGUUAUAUUAAUAUACUUUUUACCUUUGUGAUUAACUUGUAUCUAGGAACCUUCUUCCAGCCCCCUGAUCACAUGACUGUGACUGUUUAUUAUCUAUUGUCUUGCAGUUAGCAUUGUAUUGUGCUAGAUCUUAAAUAACUUUCUGUGCCUGAACACAGUGUUAUCUAUAUAGCCCAUGUGUACGUUCUGUCUUUGUGUUGAAAAGAGAUUUAAAAAGCAUGUGAUAAGAGGCAGCCCUCAAAGGCUUAGAAAUCAGCAUAUGAGCCUACCUAUGCUUAGUUUAAACUAAGAAUACCAGGAGAAAAAAGCAAAUUUGAUGAUAAAAGUAAAUUGGAAAGUUGAUUAAAAUUAAAAAUGACGGUUUAAUUUAUACUUGACUGUCCCUUUAAGCUGCCCGUGUGUAUUGUCCUCUUCAUUUUUAGACAUCUGGCAUUGCCUACAAUAAAAAAAAAAAAACUGCUGUAUGUAAAAUAAAGCUGUCCUAUUGGUAAUGUUGGAGAUAUUCAUGUAUGAUCAUGUUUGCUCUUUAAUUUUGAAUACAUAGAGUGUGGUUGUAGCGGUUGUACUUAUGUAACGUUAUUUAGUGUACUCACUAUCUAGCAGUCUUUAAAGCCCCAAGUAGGAGCAUAUGGAGUAUCUCCCAGUUAUGUACACACUGCAGAAUAUUGAAGUAAUAUACUUUCAACUCUGUGACGUUUUGUAAGACCAUCUAAUUUUGAAAUAUUUGCGUCUCCUCAUAUGGUGAUUUAUCAACUUACCAGAUUUAAGGAUGGGGACUCGGAGCAGUAUGUGGUCAUGUGAUCUUAGUAAGGGUGGGUAGCUGACCAUAUUACAGUAAAAUAUUAUGCAGAUGUGAUAAUGCAAAUUUUAAAUGGUGCUGGUAUUUGAAAUCCGUUGGCAACAUUUAUUGCAGACAUUGCACAUUGAUAAUUCAUGUUCUACAGUUAUGUACACCGCAGGAUCUUCAUAAUUUAUUAGAAAGUUAAAUGCGCAUACUUGAAGAUUAAAAAACUUCCUAUGUU